CAUCAUGGGUGCGUUUGUUGUGUGCUGGCUUCCUUUCUUUCUGCUUUACGUCAUAAAACCGUUCUGCCUCAACUGCCAAAUACCCAAGGCUCUUGAUCGCUUCGUUCUCUGGUUAGGCUACCUAAACAGCCUCCUCAAUCCCAUCAUUUAUAUCUGCUGCAAGCCAUUAUUCAGAGUGACAUUCAAACGUAUACUGCUCUUCACAUACUGCAGGAGAAAGGGAGACUGGAAACUUGGCAAACCAGUAGGCCUACAGAGAGGCAUCCUUGUCAACUCGUCCCAUCAAAACCGGCCCAACUCUUCAUCGGAUGGACCGAGUGGAGGUCGACGAAAGCGGCCCGGCCGAGUUAUGUUUGCCGAUUGUCCUAGGGGCGAACUUUAUGAUGAGAAGGAUCAGUCUCUUUCUCGCACACCUACACUGCCACCAGAGAGGAAUAGCGAUGGAAUAGUCACUUAUCGAAACCUUCCAACUAGAGAAAACGAGAGACUGAACAAAAGAAAUGGGUCGUAUGACCACCAGCUUUAUAAUGCCAACUCGAAUAAUAAUUGCCUGUAUGCUCAAAACAAGAGUAAAGGCAAAGGGGGCAACUUCGCCACAACGAGCUCUUCAUUUCCGCCACAGUUCAGAAUAGGCGAUUCAGACCAUAGCAGCAGUGGCUCAGCAAAUGACGUAAGUGGAUCGAAGCUCUGUUGUGCAGGCUCGAGGAGCCGAUCAUCGGACAAUAUUGAAUCCAUGCGUAACCAUGGCAGUGGUAGCCAGAGAAGGUCUCAGGUUGUUGAAGUCGAGAUUGCAAGAGAAGUCAGAGACUACUGUGGUGCACAACAUUACCCGUGUCAAAGUGGAACGAUGGAGGUGUUCUCCACUAGGACGACAGGAAUUCAUUCUGAUAGUAUGAACCGAGAUGAAAUUGAAGUGGACAAUGACUCGAUAGUGGUGGAGACCAAUCAAACAGGACCAGGGACUUUUAAUGAGUGCCAGGACAGGCCUGAGGAAGCGAUGUCUUCAAAAAACGAUUUCAACAUUUUCCGCGAAGUACUUGUUUGAUUUUUUUAAUCAAUGUAUGGUGUUUUUUAUAUACAUAAUAUUUUAGUGGUAUAGCCAUGUGAUUAUGCUUAUUGGUAUAACUCUUGAUCAAAAUUACGCUGAGAAUAUAACUUCAUCAAUUUAUUGCAGUAAAAGCUUACAGAAAAAGAAAAUCAACUGCAUAUUAAUGAUAAGGCGAUAGGUUCCCUCUGCCGAACUGAUCAGCUAUAUUAGUGCUGAUGAAUAUAUUUUCCAAUGUGGUGUGUCUAGUUUAGGUAGUCAAUUGAUCGACAUUGCAUAUAGGCCAAUGUAAAAUGGAUCCAGAGCUUUACGGAUCUUCCUGAUCAAAGAAGGUUGCUCCCGCUUUGCUUAAAGACCUAGUCCGCCAGGCCAGACUACUAGUAUCUUAAUCGGGCUUUGAACAGUUUAUCACUUUGGCAGUAGGUACAUUGGCAUAGAAAAUACGUCCCGAAGAUGUUGCGGUCACUGCCGAAUUGAUUAACUCGAUCUAAACCCGAUCGUGGUAUUCUCAGUCCGCGGUCGCUCUGGCUCGGCAAGGUAUCGGGAUCACGCUAUUGUCACUUUGGAGUUUACCUUGGUUCUGCAUGAGUAGUUUUAACAUGUCCAGAAUAGUAUUUAGGGGAAAGUCAAAUCGCUAUCGAACACCCAGAACAAAAUACUUUGCCGACCAAGCGGGUUCCCACUACCGAUCUGUCAACGCGACCAGACUCAGGCCAACAUGGUCUAGGUCUAAUAAACGAGGAUUAAUGUAGCUUGGUCGGGGUAAUUGGCAACUUUCUCUAUAGCUCUCUACACAUUUACAUGAUCGGGCCUAUUUACGCCUUAUAAGUACGGAGGUGACUUCGGUCAUCUUGCCACUGCCAACCUUGUUCAAGUCUGAUGAAUAAAUAGGCCUAUUCGGCCUGGUCAGUGACGUUAGUCCAGCUCGACAAAGGAGAUCGAGGUAGCUAUCUUGUUCGACAUCGAAUAUUUUUAAUGGACGAGAGAGUUGUCGAUCGUCCUGAAUAAAGUACACAUUGAAUGCGAUUACCUCUCCGAGCUACCAGGGUCCUGUUGCAAAAAAAGCGGCAAUCAAAAACAAUUUGAGAUUCAACCAAGUUAAACAAUCAAAACAUUAACAGUAAAACAUUAACAGUUAAACGUUCAUUCCGGACUUACGUUUUAUAUUUUUAAACGCGACCCUUUCUGCAACAUGGCAACUAUGCUCAUCAGCCAAUCAGAAACAAGGAUUUCAUGAAAGUUACCGUUGGAUGGCAGAGUUACCGUAAUAGUAUCUUUUAUGCAACUUUCUCGAUUGGACUAGAUAUAGAGUGGAUCAGAGCGCCGCCUCGUCGACGGUAGGUCAUGGGUUCCAUCCUCGCCCGAGUCAUACCCAAGUAUUGAAAUGAUGAGACCUUGUGUCUUCCUGUCAAGCGCUUGACAUAUGACAAUCAACAAGGGUAAUAAUGAUAAUAAUAAAUGUUAUUCAGGGCCCGCUGGAAGAUCAGCCAAUAGCUGAAGUGGUUACCUUGAGUAAACAAAAAUAUGUAUGUAAUUGUUUGUUUGGAUGUAAUAAUUUUACUUAGACAACCGCAGAUUAUACAAAACUAAUAAUGUACAGGACAAAGUUCCAAUAACUAUUGAAGUAAUGAUAAAAAAUCAUAGCCAUUUAGGCUGAUUAAAACUUCAUAACGUGUAAACUGAUUAACAUGGUUAACUUUCCCCUAAAAGUUUAGGAAUUUUUUACACGUCCGCAAAAAUGGCAAGCAUUGACUCGGGGGGGGGGGGGGUCACUCUCCACAUGGACUGCUAUACGCACCCGCGUCCAGAAAAAGCGUCGAAAUGGGUCCCGUUUCAGGCACUCGGGCGGUGUCGACGUCUUUGGCAAAAAGGGUUGCAUUUCAGCACCUUCGCUGGUAAAUCGCCUAUUAUGGUAGCCUUUUCUCUCUCUCUCUUCACGCCAUUUAGGGUUGCUUAUUUGGUUAUGAAGAUUACGCCAUUUAGGGUUGCAAAUUUAGGCAAAUUGAGGACAUUCGGGAGCAGACCUAAGGCCAUAAUCACCAUGAAGGGCGUGGUUUUAAGAAACAUUGCUGCUCAUGCUACUCUUUCACUAGAAUGUAACUUAUAAUUUUAUAAUGUACAUAAACGGCAGAGGGAAAAUAAAAUGGAGUUGUAUAAAUAUGCAUGAAUCAUACAGAAUAUACAUAUAUUUACUUACAUUUGCAUAUAUCAAUUCUUAUUUCUGUAAAUAGUUUUGUUUUUAUAUUUGUCUAUGUAAUAUACUACACAUGUUGAAAAGGUUGAUAUAUAUAAAACUGAAUGUAAAACAAUAAGGUGUCAAAAUGCAAAGAGAUUAUCACAUAAUUGUAAAAAUUAUAUUUAUGACAUAACAAUUCAGUUUAUUUUGAGUGAUAUCGUUUUCAUUGUGUACCAUCUUAAAGUGUCUUAAGAGUGUAAGUGCCCUAGCAUCGACUUAUUUGUUCAAAUAAAAAAACGGCAUUAUACUAUCGUUCAUCUUAAGACGAUUUCAUCUUAUUAUUUUUUCGUCUGAAAAGGUUGUGUAACUUGUCUGAGGAACAAUGAUGUCAUCAUUGAUUUGCAAGUUUCCCAAUAACCCUUUAUUUAUUCAUUUGGUCCAAAACAAAAUAGCCCUAUUGAUUCGUGUCAGAUUUGAAGAUUCUAAUUAAACUGUUAAAUAUAAAUUGAUAAGAUCACAAUCGCGCCCAACACGAUAGGGAAAGGCGCUGAUUGUGGGAGGGGUGGGGGCAUGGGAGUAAGUGCCUCUUCGAUUUUUCAAGUAGUCAAGAGCUAAAGGAAUACUCCGGGCUGAAAUUAUUUAUGUUUAUAGGAGCGCCUUGAGCACCUAACAAGAUGGAUAUGUGCGCAAUAUAAAUACCCUAUAUUAUUAUUAUUAUGUCUAAAUAGAGUAAAAUUCACAGAGCAAAAUGCUGAAAAUUUCAUCUAAAUCUGAUAAGAAACAUCGAAGUUAUUAAAUUUCAUUAAAAGUUUAGCAAUAUGUUGUGAAAACAUGUAUGCACGUGAUCAUGAAUAUUCAUUAGGUGGGCUGAUGAUGUCACAUCCCCACGUUCCCUUUUCUUAUGUUAUAAACAUGAAAUCAUUAUUUUUUUAUUUUUUCUUACAUGUGUAAAUGAUAUGUCUCCCUUAUAAUGAAGUAAGUUGCAGUAAUGAAUCUUGAAUGCACUAAAGCAGUGGUCAAUCCAUUUUUUUUUUCUUGGAGGAGAAAAAUUGAAUAAACACAAUUUCAUAUGAUAAAAUACAAAAGAACUAGUGGGGAUAUGACAUUAUCAGUUUGCACAUUGAAUAUUUAUGAAGACAUGCCUAGAACUGUUUCGCCAUAUAAUGCAUUUUUUUAAAAUGCCAUGGCUUUGUUAUUCCUUGUCCGAUUUUGAUCAAAUUUUCAGUGUUUGUCUGAUUUUUCUUUAUCUGUUCAAAUCAUAUUAGAGAGGUCUAGAUCGUUAUUUUCUUGAGAACCUUACUUCCGGUUCAUCUUACCCCCACCUGCUCCAAAAUGACAACGCCUUUACCCCUUCUCGACUACUGUAGAUCUUCGACAUUAUAUUUCGUUAGAAUCUGUUUCGCGGUGUGACUGUAGCAUAAUCGAGGCGGCUCGUGAGAACCUCUCAUAGGAUAUUAAUCAAUUGAUAAACCCAGGGGCCGCGGAAUGGUCUUGAAGGGGGGGGGGGGGCUGAACCGAAAGUGGGGGACUGACUGAACAAGAAUAAAAUCACGAUUUGAUGGAAAUUCACGUUUUUGUACAAAGUUAUUGGGGGAAAAAAGUGAUUUCUGAAGCCUCGUCCCGGUUCCGUAGCCCCUGACGUAUAUAGAUAAUCACAUAAUAUUAGUGAUACAGAGUACAAAAACAACCAUAAAAAGAGUUCUACCACUGGCGGAUCCGGGGGGCAGAGUCGGCCCGUGCCCCCCCCCCCCUCUUUAAGGGGUUUAAAAUUUGAUGUAAAAAUGCCGUUAAAACACAAGUGUGCCGCCCCCCCCCCCCUUGGGAAAUACUGGAUCAGCCCCCGAGUUAUACAUGAUUUUUUCCCUCCAUAAUCAAUGCUCAUCAUCAAUGCUUAAAUGAGUUUGAGAUGAAUUCCUUCAAGAUGUAAUUGCCACUGGAAUUGUUUUCUAUUUAACGUAUUCAUGAUAACUGUCAUUAAAUGUACUUUCUGUGAACCAUAAAA